AUGGGUGAAGAAAACGACACCUCUAAGAGACAACUAUAUCUUUCUUCUACUGGUGAUGGUUUACUUCACCGGCAACCAUUCUUGCCGGAUGAACUUGUCUUUGAAAUCCUCUCGAGGCUUCCGGUGAAAUCCCUCCUUCAAUACAAGUGCGUGAGUAAAUCCUGGAAAACCCUAAUCUCCGAUCCUCAAUUUACACAAACUCACCUUCGGAACUUAAUCGUGGAUCCAACCAUAAACCAUCAACGAUUUUUCUAUUCCCCAGAGAGUAAACCAAGCAAAAUCGCAUCUAUCCCUGUGAAGCCAUUAUUCGAAAACCUAUCAGAGCCUCCUAAAGCUACUGAGUUCAGCAUGGAACAUGAGUAUGGUAUUCUUGGUUCAUGCAAUGGGUUGUUGUGUCUAUUUUCUUUCAAAGAAGGUUAUGUUACAUUGUUGAACCCUUCUAUCGAAUGGAAAUCCAAAAUAUCUCCAACCCUUGAUUCUUAUGAAUAUCAUAAAUAUUGGAUCACAUAUCAUGGCUUUGGCUAUGAUCAUGUGAAUGACCGAUACAAGGUGCUAGCAGUUGUGUGUGUUGUGGCUAAUGGAAUUGUUAAAAAAUUGACACAAAUUCAUACUUUUGGUGAAAAUUCUUGGACAAGUAUUCCGAAUUUCCCUUCCCCUUCUCCUAUGAUCAGCCGCUUUUCGUGGGUAGGGAAAUUUGUGAGUGGCACUUUAAAUUGGGUAAUAAUUAAAACAGGGGUCAUUCCUAAACGAAACGUGAUUCUUUCUUUUGAUCUUGCAAAGGAGACUUAUAAGGAAGUGUUGCUGCCUGAACCUGAUGGUGUCGAUGUCAGCAACCACGUGCUGGGUGUUUUGAGUAACUGUCUUUGUGUAUGUUUUGACUCCAAUAAAACUCAUUCGGAUUUUUGGUUAAUGAAAAAAUAUGGAGUUGCUGAGUCAUGGACUAGAUUGAUGAUGAUCCCUCUUAACAAGAUAUGGCACUGCUUACAAUCCCGACCUGAUUUUAUUCAACCCUUGUUCAUGUCUGAAAAUAGUUCUGUUUUGCUUAGAACAUAUAGCAAAUUUUUGCUAUAUAACUUAAAUAAUGGUAGAUUGGAUUGCCUUCAAGGUUAUAAUGAGUUUGAUCCUGAUAUUUAUCACGAGAGUCUCAGUUUGCGCAGAACUUUGGAAAGACAGUUAGAUUAUGUUCUUGUGUGUCUUGGAAAAUGGGAACAAUGGAAUGGAAAUUCUAAGAAACUACAAAAUGGAUUCUUUUAUAGAUUCUAUUUCCGCAGUGUGCUUGCAGCCUUGAACCAGCUGGGUGACACCUCUAUUGGAAACGAUAUAUCCGUAGAACUAGCACAUGAUUUUCCGGGAAUGGUGAUGGAGGAAUUUGCGGUCGUUGAUUAUGAUAUGCCUGAUGAAGGGAGAGAACAAAAACUGCUGCCGAUCAACGUGUAA